ACUGGGCAGUCUUACUGGAAAGGCUGGGCUUAGGUCUGUUUAUAUAAGUUAAGCUAACUUUUACUCGAAACUUCUUCAGCACGCUUAUUAUCUUAAGAAUAAGAAAUGAAGACCGAAACGCUAACACUGUUGCUUGGAUUUUUAUGCUUGAGUGUAUUUUCGCCGUUACACUGUGAGCCAAAGGGACCAAUUCCUGAAGGAAAGCUCCUCGUAUUAACUGUAGCUACAAAAGAAACAGAUGGAUUUAAGCGGUUCAUGAGAUCUGCACGGUACUUUAAUUACACAAUUAAGGUUCUUGGAAGGGGAAACAAAUGGGCCGGCGGUGACUACAUGUCUGCACCAGGAGGAGGACAGAAAGUGAGACUUUUGAAAUCUGCCUUAGAGAACAUAAAAGAGGAGGACAAAAUCAUCCUCUUUGUAGACAGCUACGAUGUGAUCUUCUCUUCGGGCCCAAAAGAACUGCUGAAGAAGUUCCAACAGGCCAAGCACAAGGUGGUCUUCUCUGCCGAGACCCUCAUCUGGCCGGAUCGCCAUCUGGAGGACAAACACCCACACAUCAGGGAAGGGAAGAGGUUUCUCGGAGCAGGAGGCUUCAUCGGCUAUGCCUCGAACCUUAAAGAGAUGGUCUCUGAUUGGUCAGGGAAAGAUAAUGACAGUGAUCAGCUCUUUUAUACCAAGAUAUACAUCAAUCCCGAGAAGCGGAAAUCCAUAAAUAUAUCUCUCGACAGCAAGUGCAGAUUGUUCCAGAACCUGCACGGAGCUCUAGAUGAAGUGGUACUAAAGUUUGAGAACGGAAGAGUGAGGGCCAGAAAUGUGCUCUAUAACACCCUACCUGUUCUUGUUCAUGGAAAUGGACCUACAAAGCUACAGAUAAAUUACCUCGGCAACUACAUCCCAAAAGUGUGGACCUUCGAAACUGGCUGUACGGUUUGCCAUGAGGACUUGCGGCCUCUCUCUGGAAUCAAGGAGAGCGAGUAUCCAGGAGUGGUUAUCGGCAUCUUUAUUCAGCAGCCAACUCCUUUCGUAACGGUCUUCUUUGAGCGUCUUCUCCGUCUACAGUACCCCAAAAAUCGCCUUAAACUCUUCAUAUACAACAAUGAGCCCCAUCAUGAACAGCACAUCUACGCUUUUCUACAGCAUCAUGAGGCAGAGUAUCAGGCUGUGAAGCUGAUUGGGCCCGAUGAGGGCGUUGACGACAUAACGUCACGCAAUAUAGGCUUUGAUAUGUGUCGUGCCGACAUUGACUGCGAGUACUUCUUUAAUUUGGAUGUGGAUGUGGUUUUGAAAAACGAGGACAUUCUCAAGAUACUAAUUGAGUUAAAUAAGCCAUUCAUAACGCCGAUGAUGAGCAAGCCUGGCCGGUUGUGGUCGAAUUACUGGGGAGCGCUUAGUGCUGAUGGAUACUAUGCCAGGUCUGAGGAUUAUGUGGACAUCGUUCAGGGACGCAGAGUGGGUAUCUGGAACGUUCCAUAUGUAUCUCAGGUGUACCUGAUCCGAGCAGACAUUCUGAGGAACGAACUGAAGGCUCCUGAUCUCUUCCACUCAGCGACCCUUGACCCAGAUAUGGCCUUCUGCUCCAAAGUACGAGACCAGGGAGUCUUCAUGUUCGUAACAAAUAUGCAUACUUAUGGCCGAAUCCUGAAUACAGAAAACUACCAAACGGAUCACCUUCACAACGAUCUCUGGCAGAUCUUUGAAAAUCCUGUGGACUGGGAAGAGCGAUACAUUCAUCCAAAUUACUCAAGCAUUCUGAAUGACAAAAUAGUGGAAACGCCAUGCCCUGAUGUCUACUGGUUUCCUAUUUUCACCAACGUGGCCUGUGAACAACUUAUUGAAGAAAUGGAAAAUUUCGGCCAGUGGUCAGGAGGUGCCAAUGUGGACAGUCGGAUCCUGGGUGGCUAUGAGAAUGUCCCCACUAUUGAUAUUCACAUGAAUCAGGUCAAUUUUGAAAAAGAGUGGCACAAGUUCCUCUUAAACUACAUUGCACCUGUGACGGAGAAAAUGUUUCCUGGAUAUUAUACAAAGGCUCAGUUUGACUUGGCGUUUGUAGUUAGAUAUAAACCUGAUGAACAGCCUUCAUUGAGGCCUCAUCAUGAUGCUUCCACUUUUACGAUAAAUAUUGCUCUCAAUCAAGUGGGGAUUGACUAUGAGGGCGGCGGCUGUCGGUUCCUGAGGUACGACUGCUCCAUACAGGCUCCAAGGAAAGGCUGGGCCCUUAUGCACCCUGGCCGUUUAACACACUAUCACGAAGGCCUGCCCACCACGGCAGGUGUCCGAUACAUCGCUGUUUCAUUUGUGGACCCUUAAGUUUAAAGUCUUUUAAAGGAAAUCCAUGUUACAGUCCCUUUCUUUAUUAUAUUAGUCCAAGACGUCCAGUGUGAGAGGUGAGCUAGGACUAUCCGAGAGACAAUCAGUUUAACAGUAUCUUGAAAAUCAUUAAGAUUGUACCUUUCAUUGCCUUGUAAAUGUUAUAAUGUACUAACAAAUCUGUACCCAGAAGCAGGGCCGUUGACAGCUUUGGCUGGGCCCGGGACAAAAUAAUCUGAGUGCCCCCCCCCCAAAUAAUCUGAGUGCCCCCCCCAUACACACACACACACACACACAUACGCGCGCACGCACAUCGCCACACAGCAACCACCCACACCCAACCCCUCUUUUCACAGUCUCCAUUCACUCCAACCCUUAAAUAACAGGUAUUCCAAGCCCAUUAUAACAGUCAACCAUUUUAUUUCAACAUUUCAACAUAUUUACAGUUUGAACAUUUCCUUAGUCUGCAACUAUUCAGGUGCGAAAUGCAAUGCGCCGGACUUUUGCUGUGGCAAAGUCGUCAAUAAGGUCAUUGAAGUCCAGCUUCUUUGCAAGUUCGCGCUCUAUAGAGAGCAUAGCCAGCCCAUUGAGCCUCUCCUGUGACAUGUUUGAGCGCAGGUAGUUGAUAAACCAAAAUGAUUGUUUACGGGCUGGAACUGGGCCUCAAUGAGAACGGAGUUAUGGCUUUCCCAAAACCUGAACAUAGAAGCAUCACCACUAGUGAUGUGUACUGUGAGUUUUUCAGUGUAUUUUUUUGUCUUGUUUUUCAUAAACGUCCUUUCCGUACUAGAUUUAGAAUGUUACAAAAAAAAUUGACACCCUCCCAACCACGUAACAUUAGCCUAUCUGACCUGGGGGCUGACACGUUUAUUACGGAUAAACCAAAAGGAUUACAACGUUCCCUGGAUAUAGAACUGGACCGAGAAGAUUUCAAAAUCUUAACGUGUAAGCAACAACAAUAAAACAGAGGUUGUUUUAUUCAUUUAGGGCUUAUUAGGCUACUUUCAUUAAUUGCGCUUUUCAUACAGGCCUAUCAUUUUUCACUUGAGCAAGGGAAUUGUUUGAAGAGUAUCCAGUCUAAGCGAAAGUUUAAUGUUUUGCAACAGACUAACCUCAAAACACCCCAUUUAUAGCCCAUUCGUUACAUUAAACUCUAUCUAGCUGGCAAUUUCACAUGCCGUCGUAUCUACACGGGAUGAUUUCCAACAAAAUAAGGUUUAAUUAACAAGAGGCAGCGUUCCACGGGCUUUCAGCUAACCGGAGUCCAGCUCAGCGCAGCUCAGCAAGCGUGCCUAAAACAUUUGGAUAUGAUUGCGGGCCAAUGUGCUAUUCUUUGCUUCAUUGAGAUAUAUGCAACACAGUGUUAUUAAACCGAUAUGUUUAUGAAAUAAUUCAAUGCCCUGUGCAUUUCAGUGUUCACUCAGUGUACCCUGCUAUCCCCUACUUUAUAAUUAUGAAUGGCGCGUCGCGCGUGCUGGGGUUACAUUACGGGGCUGGAAAAAAGUUAUCUGUGUCUUACCUGGCUCAGCUGCCCCACUGCAUCAUCUGAAUCUUUUCUAAAAUAUCUAUGCAGUGAGCCUCUGAGGCUCUUGGCUUCUUCAUCUCUUUUUCUCUUUUCUUUUCUUUGCUCCUGACUUGUGCAUGUUGGCAAACGGGCUCGCACGCUUAUUGUCGAAGCGUUAUGAUGGAAUAGCGCCGUGUUAUUUGGCGCCUUAAUCAAAGACCAAACCAUUUCUGCAUUAGGGGUGGUAGGUGGGUUCUUGAAUCUAUUUUCGAAGACAAUAAAGGCAAAAGAACCAGAAAUCAUUCAUUGAAUGCAAAUAUAGCACAUUUUUCUCCCCCAAAUCAACACAUUUUGAAAUGAAACAGAAUGAUUAAUGGCAUCUUCAUGAGGGACCAGUUCUGGGCCCCCCCUCAUGCCUGGGCCCGGGACAAAAUACCCGGUUGUCCCCCCUGUCGACGGCCCUGCCCAGAAGGGCAUUAAGUACAAUGUAUACCUCCUCCAAGCCACAUAUGAUCAACAUCAAAAUCAAAUAACUUGAACUUACGAUAAUAAUACUAAUGCUGUACACCAGAUUUCAUCAAAGUCCAUUCACUACCUUUUGAGAUGCGUUGGGCGCAGACAAAUAAACUGAGGUGAAAACAUAACCUCCUCCAACAAAGUGGGCAGAGAUAAUUAAAAGGCCAACCCUUGAACUCAGCGUACUUUGAAUGCAGAUGAGACCUGUACUUCUUGUUUGUUUUUUAUUUAUUGAUCAAUUUUUAAAGCAGUCACACCGUUCCUCUAGUAUAUAGGUUGUUUUUAAUAAUUUGGCCUUGGAUAACUGAAUUAUACACUUGUUUCUUUUUUACUUGAUAAUGUUUCCGGGACAAACGGUGCUACUGUUUAAAAAUGGCUGAUUGUGUAUUUUGUUUGUUCACUGCCUUUUUAAAAACCAUCUGCCCUUUUUUUUUUUUUAAACUGGUGCCAAUAAAAGUAACUGUUUUCUUUAUUA